AUGUCUAAAGCUAUCGGAAUUGAUUUGGGAACCACCUACUCGUGUGUGGCCCACUUCGUCAACGACCGCGUGGAGAUCAUUGCCAACGACCAAGGUAAUAGAACCACGCCCUCCUUUGUUGCCUUCACCGACACUGAACGUCUUAUCGGUGAUUCGGCCAAGAAUCAGGCGGCCAUGAACCCUGCGAAUACCGUUUUCGACGCCAAGCGGUUGAUCGGGCGCAAGUUCUCCGACCUGGAGGUCCAGACCGACAUGAAGCACUUCCCCUUCAAGGUCGUGGACAAGGGUGGCAAGCCACAGAUCCAAGUCGAGUUCAAGGGCGAAACCAAGGUUUUUUCGCCAGAGGAAAUCUCGUCUAUGAUCUUGCUCAAGAUGAAGGAGACCGCCGAGAACUACCUCGGCGGGAAGGUGACUGACGCCGUCAUCACGGUUCCUGCCUACUUCAAUGACUCCCAGCGCCAAGCCACCAAGGAUGCCGGUUUGAUUUCCGGGAUGAACGUGUUGAGAAUCAUCAACGAGCCUACCGCCGCUGCCAUCGCCUACGGGUUGGACAAGAAGGAGUCCGGGGCCGGUGAACACAACGUAUUGAUCUUUGAUUUGGGUGGUGGUACCUUCGAUGUGUCUCUUUUGUCCAUUGACGAGGGGAUCUUCGAGGUCAAGGCUACCGCCGGUGACACCCACUUGGGGGGUGAGGACUUUGACAACAGAAUCGUCAACCACUUUGUGGAUGAAUUCAAGCGCAAGCACAAGAAGGACUUGUCCUCCAACCAACGUUCCUUGAGAAGAUUAAGAACCGCAUGUGAACGUGCCAAGAGAACGUUGUCUUCUUCUGCCCAGACCUCGAUCGAAAUCGACUCCCUCUAUGAAGGUAUCGACUUCUACACGUCCAUCACCAGAGCCCGUUUUGAGGAGUUGUGUGCGGACUUGUUCAGAUCCACCAUGGAACCAGUUGAGAAGGUGUUGAGAGAUGCCAAGUUGGACAAGUCUGCCGUCCACGAGAUUGUGCUUGUCGGUGGGUCCACCAGAAUUCCAAAGGUCCAGAAGUUGGUUUCCGACUUCUUCAACGGGAAGGAGCCAAACAGAUCGAUUAACCCGGAUGAGGCUGUGGCCUACGGUGCUGCCGUCCAGGCGGCGAUUCUCACUGGUGAUACCUCUUCCAAGACCCAGGAUCUUCUUUUGUUGGAUGUUGCUCCAUUGUCCCUCGGGAUCGAGACCGCUGGUGGGAUCAUGACCAAGUUGAUUCCUAGAAACUCCACCAUCCCAACCAAGAAGUCGGAGACCUUCUCCACCUACGCCGAUAACCAGCCAGGUGUGUUGAUCCAGGUGUUUGAAGGUGAGCGUGCCAAGACCAAGGACAACAACUUGCUCGGUAAGUUUGAGUUGUCCGGCAUUCCACCAGCCCCAAGAGGGGUUCCACAGGUUGAGGUCACUUUCGAUAUUGAUGCCAACGGUAUUCUUAACGUCUCCGCGUUGGAGAAGGGUACCGGUAAGACUCAGAAGAUCACCAUUACCAACGACAAGGGUAGAUUGUCCAAGGAGGAUAUUGAAAGAAUGGUCUCUGAAGCCGAAAAGUACAAGGACGAGGAUGAGCAGGAAGCUGCCAGAAUUGCUGCCAAGAACGGUUUGGAAUCCUACGCCUACUCGUUAAAGAACACCUUGAACGAGGAGCAGAUCAAGGCCAAGAUCAGUGACGAGGAUAAGAGCACUUUGACGGCGAAGAUUGACGAAACCACCAACUGGAUCGACGACAACCAGACCGCCACCACCGAUGAGUAUGCCGAUAGACAGAAGGAAUUGGAGGGCAUUGCCAAUCCAAUUUUGUCCAAGGUCUACGCUGAUGGCGCCGAGGGUGCUCCAGGCGGUGCCCCAGGUGGCUUCCCAGGUGGUGCUCCGGGUGGUUUCCCAGGCGGUGCUUCCGAGCCAGCCGGCCCAACCGUCGAGGAACGUAUGAAACCAGAGCAGUUUGAUCUUAAGCGGAUUUCUCGGCUCCCUAACGAGAUCAUCGGGUUAAUCUUUUCUCACUUGCCCUUGAAGCAUGUUCUUGCAUUUAAGCACGCUGCAGACCUCAGCGGCCUAGUUUCAGACCGGUUAUUCUCCAGGCUAGCGAUCACAAACUUCCUUGACCCCAGUCCUGAUCCGUAUGCCAACCACAUGGACCCUGCCGGGUUUGAGACGUUUGCCAAAGACCCCGAGCAUUCCCUGUUCCAGGUAUCGUAUGGCUGCUUGCGGAUGCGCUACACUGGCUUGUUUUCAUUCACGCCAGAAGCGGUUGAGCGAUUAAAAAGAAUAAAGCGGUUGAACAUCAGGUAUGUCUUUUUUGACAAAUACCAGUUUGGGGUCGACGAGAUACCUCAGUUUGAUAACGUCAACAGCUUGAGCUUGUCUUGUUACGAAGCUUCAGUGUGA